UGAACAAGUCACGUGGAGGAAAUGAACAGAACACUACCGCAGUCGGCUACGUGAUGUCAGCGGUUUAAACAAUAAUUCUGAAUGAAAGUAAUAUAGCAUAACAUUUAAUCCCGUUGCGUUUAAAACGGAAGCACGUGAUGCAGUAAAAUAUUUUUGAAGAAGUGGGUCGAACAGUCAGAAUUGCCAUGAAGGGACUUUACUGCAAACCAGGAGAUCAGGGUGAUGUGAAGUUUCUCUUACAAGAGACGAAUGUACCCAAUAACAUUGGCAACCAUGAGGUCAAAGUUCAAGUGAAGAGCUGUGCACUAAGUCCAGUUGAUUUUAAGCUAUGUGAGGACCUGAAGCUUGGGAAGGAACAUAUCUCAGUAGGAAGGGAGAUUGCUGGUGUUGUUCUUCAAGUUGGCCCAAAGGUAACAUUUUUCCAGCCAGAAGAUGAGGUUGUAGGAAUACUCCCCUUGGAUGCUGAGCUAUCUGGCCUGUGUUCUGUCGUGAUUAUUGAUGAAUUUAAUUUGGUUCAGAAGCCAUUGAAAGUGAGCUGGUUUGAAGCUGCGGCGGUAAUGAAAGACGGUCUCAGGGCCUACACAGCUCUUCACACGCUGGCUCGGAUGGCUGCCGGUCAAACUCUGCUAGUGCUAGAUGGGGCAAGUCCGUUUGGGGUUCUGGCCAUUCAGCUCGCUCACUUUCAUGGUGUGAAAGUCCUGGCUACAGCGUUGUCUCCCGAAGACCAGAAGAUGUUGGAGGAGCUCAGGCCGAGUGUGGGUGUACAGGAGUCACUUUUAGCUCGAGUCAUCAAAGUGUGGGACUCCAAGGAGGGCUUGGUGGACUCGUGUCUUGAGGAGACGGGAGGUCUUGGAGUUGACAUCAUCAUUGACUCGGGAGUGAGACUUUUUGAGGAGGAACCAGAAACGCAGUGGCAUCUACCGCACAAACAUGAUCUGAUUACCCUUCUCGCGGUCGGAGGUCACUGGGUUACCACGGAACAAAAUUUACAGCUGGACCCUCCGGACAGCCACAUUCUGUUUAUGAAGGCAGUGUCUCUCUCAUUCCUCAAUGAUGAGGUGUGGACUGCUUCUCGUGCCAAGCAGGGCAGAUAUCUUCAUAUCUUGAAAGAUGUGGUGGAGAAGCUCUCCGUGGGGACCUUUAGGCCGCAGUUGGAGGACCCGGUGCCUUUAUAUGAAGCAACUGUCUCCAUGGAAAUGGUUCAGAAAAAGCAAGCCAGGAAAAGAAUAGUUGUCAAGCUUUGAAGAACACUCCAAAAAACAUUUCCAUAUUGAUGUGCAUUAGUCACUAUUGAUGUUGUUAAUCUCAUAUAAAUCUGUUUUUUCUGUUUUAAAACAAGCUGUCAUUCAACUUCUUUUGCACUACCAAUUUAACAAUGUAUUGUUCAUAUAUAAAACACAUUAAAUCCCAGAAAUGGAAUUCAUG